GGUUAUGUAUCAGUCUUUUUAUAACCACCACCCGGCACAACAGAAAUUUUAUUUUAUGUUUUAAGUUCGAUUAGGAUUUUACAAUCCCAUUUUUUUUGACAAAAUUUUAAGUAAGAGUAAUUUGCCAGCAAUAGAGCCGCCAACAUGAGCAUCGUGGCGGAGGAAACCAAGGAGAGCAUCAUCGCCUUUGACAGUUCUUUUCAGCCCACUUGGCUGGAAUGGGUAGAGCGAAAUGCCAAGCCAAUCAAGCGCCGGAUCAACCGGGAGCCUCGCAUUGUGACGCGAUGGAAGAAACAAGGACCAAUGAAAAACUCGGAUUGGCGCCGUUUCUAUGUAUGGGCUGCCACCAAGUCCUUGCCAAAGGAGCUGCCAGAGGUGGAGGUGGAGCCGAUACCCUGCCCCGAGAAGUAUCUGCCCUGCGCAAAGCCACCAAGGCAGAUCGAUCCGGAAGAUUUGGAGGAAAGGAUCGCUGAACUGGCCACUCCUCUGGAGCGCAAGAUGACGCCGAAGCACGAGUAUGAUUACCCCGUGAACGCAUACUCCCCCGUCAUUGUCUGGGGUCAGCCAGCGCAUCAUGACAAGGGACGACCCUUCGAGCCACCCAAAGUCCCGUGCUGCUUCGCCAACUCGGAUGUUGAAGGUGAAUUCUGGGCCAAUCUGCGCUUCCCCAUCCGCCCAGCCGCUCUCAAAGCCAAGAUCUCGCCACGUAUCCUCAGUCUGUCGAAGCCCAAGGUUACACCACAGUUCCCGCCGCAUUGCUAUCAUCCGGAACACGUCUACGACAUCCUGGAUGUCAAGCCGCCCAUGAAGAGGAAGAAGUUCACGCCUCAGGGAUGGCGCCUCCACCAGAUCCGGCUUUUGUAUCUCUCACAACCGGUGACGCGACGGGAAUAUGAAUAUUUCUACAUGUGAUUUUAUGCUGCUGCCAGGGAGAUCUCUUACCAUUUACGUAUUUGAAUCCAAAGUAAUUGUAAUAAAUCGACAAUAGAUCAUUGGUUUCUUAUAUGACCUGUA